AUCUGGACAUCACCAUUGUAUGGCCGUGUAAGCACCCUCUAGUUGCGUUUACAACCUAGGACAAGGGCGCACAGAGUGCCUUGGCAGCCAGUAGGGCGUCUGAAGACACGACGUGCGCGAGAUCAGUCCAAGUGGGAUAGAUACAGCGUUGAUGGGAAGGUGCUACUUACUGCUGUUCCUGGCAGACUGGUCUCUGGGUCUCAUCGACUGGUACUCUGUGAGUGGUUGCGUAACAUGAUUCUGAGGAAUUGUUUUGUUGUUGCCAGGUCAGAAAGUUGUUCUCAGGGAAGUGUGCUGUGCUUUGUUCCUUCAACAUGGAAAUUGGCAUGCACGUUGUUUUGCAUGGUAGUUACUGGUUUAUUGUUUCUUUAUCGUUUAAGGUACUUCAACAUGCCCAAUCUUAGCUCUUUCGAUUUCUUCGUCUACAUGUCGAACUAUAUCCCCGCUGUCCGAAGGGGUGUGGUGUGGUGUGCAAAAGAUAAAUUGAGGAAAUAUAUCAUUGUCACGGGAAUAUUAUGAGUCUUCAUUGAGAAUGAAUUAGUUCUUGUGAAUGGACAGAAUA